AUGGGGGAGGAAGCUGAUAGCAGAACAGUUCUUGAGGCCUUGCAGCCCAUUUUUCAGGAACAAAAAAUGACGGAGACUGUUCAGAACUUAGGAGAAAAUGGUUACUUGGUCACGUAUGUUGCAAAGAGUGGGAGUUUUGCCACUCUGAGAAUAUACACGGACAAGCUGUUGACAUUUGACAUCCAUAGCUAUGAAGCAGAUAACAAAGGACGAGCAGCAAUUGAAACGCUCUGCAACAGACUGGAAGAGAAAAUGAAAGACAUUUUGCAGGGAAAUAUUAAAAGGCUGAAAAGAUUACCGGCCAUUGUACGAGGAGGGGCCGUUGAUAGAUACUGGCCAACUGCUGAUGGCAGGUUGGUGGAAUAUGACAUUGAUGAUGUUGUUUAUGAUGAGGAUUCUGCAUAUCAGAACAUCAAGAUUCUCCAUUCAAAGCAGUUUGGAAAUAUUCUUAUCCUCAAUGGUGAUAUUAAUUUAGGGGAGAGUGACCUUCCAUACACUCAAGCCAUCAUGGGUGAUGGAGUAGAGGACUAUACAGGGAAAGAAAUUCUCAUCCUUGGAGGAGGAGAUGGUGGAAUCCUAUAUGAGCUGGUCAAGUUAAAACCAAAGAUGGUCACCAUGGUGGAAAUCGACCAGAUGGUGAUUGAUGCAUGUUGUAAACACAUGCGUAAAACGUGUGGAGAUGUCUUGGAUAAUCUGAAAGGAGACUGCUAUCAGGUGUUAGUUGAAGAUUGUGUUCCUGUUCUGAAGUCGUAUGCUGCAGAAGGAAGGCUGUUUGAUUAUGUUAUUAAUGACUUAACUGCAGUUCCUAUCUCUACAUCUCCAGAAGAAGAAUCAACGUGGGAUUUCCUGCGACUUAUUCUUGACCUUGCUGUGAAGGUUUUGAAACCCACAGGGAAGUAUUUUACACAGGGUAACUGUGCAAACUUGACAGACGCACUAGCGAUGUAUGAACAGCAGCUGAACAAACUCUACUGCCCUGUGGAAUAUUCAAAGAAAGUUGUGUGUGUUCCCUCUUACGCAGAAUUAUGGGUGUUCUACACCGUAUGGAAAAAGUAGAACGUACCUUUUCAAAUCAAAAGUUGCAAGUUAUUUUAUGAAAAAUCAAUAAAGUUGGUAAUAAGGAUGGCAGGGCUAUGUGCUGCAUGAUGCUUUUUAGGCUUGCACCCUGGUGCAAGCUGUUUCUCAAACUGAAGUAAUGCUGUGUACUUAAGUCUACUGGCCGAGGUGUCUUGCAUUGUGCUGUGAUGCAACUUCUCAUUUCAGGAAAGAUGCGACUUGUAUAUUUUGCAGGGAUUUUUUUUUAAAAAGAGAAAGUGACUAAUCAUUUGCAUUUUAAGUGGAGGUGCAAGGAGCAAUGCUGACUGCACUGAAUCUCCUGAAUGUCUUUGUAAAUGUGAAUCUAGAUCUUUUACUUUGUGGGCGGGUGAUAGGGGGAUUCACAGUUUUGUAUUUAGUGGUGAUUUAUUCCAGUUAAGUUUUUUUUUUGUUCUUGAUUGUCUUUGCAUAUUUCAAUCUGCGGUAUCAUACUCAUGUCAACCAUAGUCAGUUUGGAGAUUAAUUUCUUUUAAUUUAUUUGCUUCAUUUUUGGAAUAAACACAACCGUUGAAAUAUGUUCUAUUAUUUCUGCAUAAAGUCAUUGUGUAGUCUUUUGUGAUGGCUACAAUGAAGAAAAUUGUUGAGCACUUCUUAUGUUGAAAGAAAGGGGGGAAAAAUCAUUGCUGGACCUUGUUCUCUCUCUGUGUGAACAUUUCUUGACUGUUACUUGUCCAGGGAAGUUGCUAAUAUUAGAGCAAUGUUUAUUUAUUCAUUAAUCACAGAAGAAGUGUUUUGUUUCCUGCUCAAGGGAGAAAGAUUUCAUAUUUAUCAGCACUGAGAACUAAGCAACCUCUGUCAGUGUUUCUUUUGGUUAAGAUAUGAAUGAGCAGCAGGUUACAAUGGCAUCAUCCUAAUCAUAAAUUUGUUCAGAAAGUGCAUAAUUGAUGUUUCUGCAUGCAUGGGAAUGAUAACAGCCUUUGGAAAUGGGUCUAAGCUCCAAGAGACUAGAAAGUGAGAGGCUUUGAUCUCCUAAAUCAAAUACAGAACAACUAUUAAAGACAGUUUGUAUUGCAUCCAUCCACAGUUACUUUUGUGAUUGCCCAGUGUCUCUCAUAAAUCCACUGCCAACGGCCCUACAUCAUCAAAAUGGAGUCAGAACAAACAAAUUACCAGGUCCCAGUAGCAGUGAAUGUGGGUCAGAGAUUCACAGUUGUUUUGAGAGUCUGAUCUGUAGCCUGCACAUAUAUGUGCCCCACACCUCUUCUACAGCCUCACUGAGCUGCCCCUGCAAAGUUAAGAUUGACUGCCACCCUUUCAAUUUGAUAACACCAUGCAAUGAAUGAUAUUGUUGUGGUUAAUACCUGAUGCAAUGUUAAAGGUCAGUAAGUAGCUGUUUACAUUGCUGCCCCAGCUACCUGAAAUUGAGAAAGACAAUAUCAGACUUAGAGAAGGGGGUUUUCUUUUAAUGCAAAGUUUGUGGGGAUUUCGAUGCUGUCAGCAAUAGAAUUUUGUACCCCAUUCCCUUUCCACAACUUGAAUUGUUUGUCAGCCACUGUCCUAGUUCCUGUCGACAUUCCCUAAUAGUCUAAGUCUUAGAAAAAGUAGCAUCAGAUGAGAAAAGUUGGUAGUGACAGUAAUUCUGAUAAUUGUGAAAUGCUUUCUGCGUGUCAGACAAUUGGCAACUACAAACAGAAGUGUUGCGAUUUUUAAAUUUUGAACCUUUGCACUGAAUGCUGCUGUUGCUGUGUAGAACUGUGAACAAGUGCAACAGCACAAGUCUUUAUAAUGGAACUAUCAAUAGCAAUUUAGUUCUGUCAGGAAAGAAGAUGCACAGGAGUGCUGUAAACCUUCCAAUAAAAGUCUUCAUAAAUUA